GUUCGAAGUGCUGAAUAGUUUGAUGGAUCCCCAGCGUAGCUGAAUUCGUCUCGAUCCACAAGCGCCAUGGAUGAAACCCUUGCCCCCGGCGUCGGCGCCGGCGCCGGCGGAGCCCCUCUGUCGCCCCUAUCUAUCCUGCUCCUCGUCCUCGCCUUCCAGUUUCUCGAUCGCUACCUCGAGCUCCUCAAGAAGAAAGGAUCGAAGAGCAAUGAGGAAACCCAAUUGAGGUUGGAAAUCAAGAAUCUUUUGAAAGAAGCUAGUGGCUUGUCGACGCCCUCUACGUUUGCUCAGGCUGCGAAACUACGACGAAUGGCAACCGCCAAAGAGAAGGAGCUAAUUAAAAAACAAGAGGAGCGCAGCAAGGAGCAGAAUUUUUCAUACAGCUUAUAUAACAAAAUCCUAAUGGGUGUCAAGGUACCUUUAUAUGCUGGGCUAUGUUGGAGAUUUUGGGGUAUUCCCAUUGCUGCAGUUCCUCAACAUCUUCUUCAACCUUUUGGAAGAAUUUUAUCCUGGAAAGCCGGGGAUCCUGCUAGUGGCUUUAUUAUGAUUGGGAUAAUACCAUGGCUUAUUUUGACGUCACGAGUUACCAAGUUCUUGUGCCAGAAAUUUUUGACAAAAAUAACUCCCGAAAUAGAUUGGUCUCUCAACAAUAUUUAGUGAAGCUUUCUCUUUUUAAUGAUGAAGACUUUGCUGAUGCUACUGACACUAAGAAAUUUGCAAAUUUCCAGCUAAGAAAUCAGCUAAGAAUUUGGGAGUACUUCAAUCCUUCUGUAUCAAACUUGUUGGGAUUUCUUGCUUCUUGCUAUGUUUAGGCCUUGAUGGCUGCUGCUGAUUGCCGGGAGAAGAUGCAGUAAAUGCCAUCUGUUUCUCUUAUUCUUCAUGUUUAUUUUUGUGCCUUUUUCUCUACAUCUUGUAUGAUAAGAAUUUUCUUCAAAACAUAAAAAGUCUCUAUGUUUAUUUUACCUUAUUUUGUG